UUUUUUUUUUUUUUUUUCUUUUUUUCCUUUUUCCUCGUUUAAAGCUUCUUGCUGCUACAUAAUUACCGACUCAUUACAGCUCGGGUCCUGCCUAGAGAUUUGUAAAGAACAUCGAGAAUCAGCGGUAGGCUCGUGAGGCUCGGAAAGCUCAACAUUUUCAACUCGCCUGAUGAUGAUGCGGAUCACCCUAGGGAUCCUGCUUCCCUGGUUGCUGCUGUUUCCUUCUCGACGUGGGCCCGGCUGUUUUUCUCCCAACCGAGUCCAACCAAGUCAGUGGCGGGACAACUGCUGACCACGGAGGAUAGGACAAUGGUUAAUUGUGUGCCCAUCGAGCCUGACCGAAGCUCUUGGGUCGCUUAUUCUCAUGACGCCGGGGUCACGGUUUAUGGGUGGCCGUCUAAGGGCGGUGUGUAUACCCUGCAUGACUGCCUUGGAGUCGAGAUCGAAUUUCUCGGCUUUGACCGGUUUAACCCACCCACGUCGCGAGCAGGUUCGCAAGCUGAAGAGGAUGCACAUUGUGACCGUAUGUGUCGUCUUGGGGCUACUUGGUGGAAAGACGAAAAGGGAAUGGACCUAUUGACGAGGGAGCUGGAGGGCCUGAAGGAUUCGGAUGAGUACGUUCGGGUCGGCUGGCCCGCGGGGGGUGGUAUGUGGGUUUUACACACCACCGUUGAAGAAGCAAGCAAGAAAGGAACUGGAUUGAUCCAUAAUGCGUACAACAUGGAGGAACGAUGCAAAGUCAUUGAGCAAAUGGGAGGUGUCUUUUACGCAGAUCCCAACGAUUGCCCCUACCUUGAUCUGCCCUGAUGCCAGAUGCUAUUAUUACAGAUAGUAUCCAUGUCUGGUAGCUAAUGAGUAAUCUUUCAUUGCCAUAUC